AUGGGCCUGAAGCCCAUGUUUGGCAUGCAGAUUCCGCUGGUUUGGACUUGUGCCAUUUUGAGCGGUGUCUAUUUCCAUCAUGUCAGGCGUGCAGAGAUCAACUAUGCUCACAACAAGUUGGAGGGCAGCGCCGCUGCCGAGGAAGCUGGCCACUGA